AUGGCGACUGAGGAUGAGAUCAAGGACGAGAAGAACCCCCCACCUCUCGAUGAAGACGAUAUAGCUCUCCUCAAAACCUAUGGUUUGGGACCCUAUUCUAACAGCAUAAAGAAAGCAGAGAAGGAAAUUAAGGAAAUGGCUAAAAAGAUCAAUGAUUUAUGCGGUAUCAAGGAGUCUGACACUGGAUUAGCUGCACCCAGCCAAUGGGAUCUUGUUUCUGAUAAGCAAAUGAUGCAAGAGGAACAACCUCUUCAGGUGGCAAGAUGCACCAAGAUAAUCAAUCCAAACACUGAAGAUGCAAAAUAUGUUAUAAAUGUUAAGCAAAUUGCUAAGUUUGUUGUUGGGUUGGGCGAUAAAGUUUCCCCAACGGAUAUUGAAGAAGGCAUGCGUGUUGGUGUUGAUCGGAAUAAGUAUCAAAUUCAGAUCCCAUUGCCUCCUAAAAUUGAUCCUAGUGUGACCAUGAUGACUGUAGAGGAAAAACCAGAUGUGACUUACAAUGAUGUUGGUGGGUGCAAGGAACAGAUUGAAAAGAUGCGAGAGGUUUGUAUGAUAUAUUGUAAAUCUGAUUCUGACCAUCUUUCUUUCUUUCUUUAAAGACCCCCCCAAACCCCAUAGUCCCAUGAGCCUUGUUGACUAAGCUAAGAUGUACGUACACGGAUGCAGGACACAGAUACUACACGACACAGGCACAUCGACACCUAGUUUUUCAAAAAAGUAGGAUACGGACACGUUGACAAUAUGUGAAAUAUUAUGUAUUUAUAUAUAAUUA